AUGAGACAUAUCCCCUAUGCAUCAGAUGUUGGCAGCAUGAUGUAUGCGAUGUUAUGUACUAGACCUGACAUUUGUUAUGCUGUGGAGAUAGUCAGUAGAUAUCAAUCUAAUCCAAGAUUAGCUCAUUGGACUGCCGUUAAAACUAUCCUCAAGUAUCUUAGGAUAACGAUGGACUACAUGCUUGUGUAUGGUUCUAAGAAUUUGAUUCUUACAAGAUACACAGACUCUGAUUUUCAGACUCAUAGAAAUUCUAGGAAAUCUACUUCAGGUUCAGUGUUCACUCUUAACGGAGGAGUUGUAGUUUGGAGAAGUAUCAAGCAAGGAUGUAUUGCUGACUCCACCAUGGAGGUAGAGUAUGUCGCAGCUUGGAAAGCUGCCAAAGAGGUUGUUUGGCUUAGAAAUGUUUUGACUAAUUUGGAAGUAGUUCCAAACAUGUCAAAGCCAAUUACUCUUUACUGUGAUAAUAGUGGGGUUGUGGCUAAUUCUAGCGAGCCUAGAAGCCACAAGCGUGGAAAGCAUAUUGAACACAAGUAUCACUUGAUUCGAGAGAUAGUGCAUCGAGGGGACUUGAUCAUCACACAGAUAGCUUCAACACACAAUGUUGCUGAUCCGUUUACAAAUCCCCUCAGGGCUAAGGUGUUUGAGGGUUACUUAGAGAGUCUGGGUCUACGUGAGAUGCCACAUUUAAUCUAG